GAGAGACAACGGCUCCAGAUCUUGUCAAUAAGAACCGAUGCGAGUUUGUGUUGUAGAAGAGGAAGAUCGCAGCAGUGAAGAGGAUCCGGCGGUUCUAGUCGGAGAAGAAGGGUUGGCUACAGCUGCGUCGAUGUGAGAUUCCAUAAUUGAUUUUUUCUCUUUACUUGGAAUAAAAGUUAAACUUAUUGUUUGGUUAAACAAAGGGUAGAAGAGACAAAUCACAUGAAGAAAGUGUGUCAAAAGCAAGAUGUGUCUCUAGAUAUAAUUGUAAAGUGAUAAUGUGUCUCUAGAUGUAAAUUUCUCAUAAAUCAAAUAAUAGAUGAAUAGGCUAACAUAUUAUUAAACGAAAAUAAAUCCUAUCUAUGAUUAUACCCAAUAUAUUCCAAUUUGGGGUCCUUACAUAGGGUCUCCAACAAACAUUUUAUUCACCAAAGAAAAGAGAAAUUUCCUAAAAUAUUACUAAAAUAAUUUUUAUCAUAAAUAUAACACACAUGUCAAAAUAAAUUUCAUUAAAAAGGUAAAUAUAUUUAUAUCCAUAAGUUUAACUAAUCUAGACUUAGAAUUUAAAUUUGAGAGAUGGGUGGAAUUUAUAGUUUUAAAAGAAAAUUAAUAUUUUAAAUUUAAAAGUAUAAAAAAAUUGGAUUUCAGAAUAAAAUUUCAAGUUGAAAAAAAAUCAGAAACUUCGGUUUGAAAAUGUUUUUUUUCAAAAAAUAAUAUUUUCAAAUUAUUUAUUAUUUAUUUAUAUUUAUAAAUCUAAAGUUAGAGUAGAAGGAUCUUUUACCUUUUUUAAUGAAACUUCUUUUUGUCAUUUUCUAUGUGUUUUCUUAUUAAACAAAAUAUUUUAGGAUCUUUUGAAAAAAAUUCCCAAAAGGGAAUUCAUAAAUUAUUACGCUUUAAAAAAAAUUAGUUUUUUAAUCACUUGAAAAAUAACAGACUGUUCUAGUAACACAAAACAGAAAUUGAAUUGGUUGAGUUUUUUUUUAACAGAAUUAGUUGAGUUGUAUUUUCUUAUGAUUAAAAAGCGAACUAAGGACAAACAUGCAUCCAACAGCAGUAAAACUUAUUAUAAAUUGUAAAUUAUAAGAGAGAACCGUUGUGAAUUUAAUUUCAGUUUUGGUUUUGAAGUGAUAUCUAUACAACAUUUCCAAGAAGAGAAUCUAGAGAACUUGCUUGAGAAGUUCUUACCGUGACCGAAGUGUCAAGAAGGUCAGAAACUAACGUUUUACCGGUCGUACACGCUACGUUAUGAGUAGUGACACUUCGUCGCUUAUUUCCUUUGAUUUCGUCGUUAUCUUGAAUCAUUGAUUUUAAUUUUCAAACAGUUCCUGAAAUUUUAAUAGAUAUUGACUCAUUUUCUCUUUUUGGGGCCGUUCGCUAUGGUUUUGCUAUUUAAAACUAGAUAAAAUUUUCGGGGGACACAUAUAUUAAGUUCCUCGUAAAUUCCUAUGAAAUUUUUGUAUAUAUAUGUAUCUUGUAGGACUUACAAUAGUCAGAUAUCAUCUCUUCUCAUUUAUUCUCUCUUCAAAAGUUAUAUCAGAAAUUUCUAAAGCUUCUCUAUAUUUUUCUUGAGCCAUGACCGCGCAGAAAUCUGUGUUACAAUUGAGUGUUCAUGAAGAAAGAAUUAGGAAGAAAGCGUGGGUGGCCGUUUCUAGGUUUUCAGGGGUUACUUCGAUAGAAAUGGAUGACAAAACCGGGAGAAUGACGGUAGUUGGUGAAGUUGAUGUACCGAGAAUCGUGAAGAAGCUAAGGAAGAUAUGUACUGCAGAGCUUGUUACAGUUGAAGUUGUUAAACCGCCUGAGAAAAAGCCUGAACCGAAGAAAUCGGAAGAUUUUGUUGCCUAUCCAUUUUCGAUUAACUACCCGUACCCAUACCAUUCGUACCAUCAACCAUACUGUUAUUGUAAUUGUGGUGGAGGAACCAAAUAAUACGUGCAGUUAUGUAAUUUUCCUAGAUUUCUUUCAGAUAACAUCAUAUAUAUUAGCAAUGUAACAACUUUUUGAUGAAAUCAUAUUUUUUGAGUUAAUGUAAUAUACAUUUCUCGUAUCAGUUUAUUUUGAAGAGAAAAACACAAUUUUGUAUGGUAAUUUUUUGGAGUUAAUGUAAUAUACAUUUCUCGUAUGAGUUUAUUUUGAAGAGAAAAACACAAUUGGUGGAUGGUAAGAUUUAUGCUGUAUAUGCUUUGUUAACUUUAUACUUUUAAUCAUCUACAAUUUCUGAGUUUCUAACUAGAGCUACCUUUUUGAUCGUUCUAUAAAAAUUAUGUUGGUUGUUCUAUUUUGGUUAAUUUUCCAAACUAUCUCAAGUACGAAUAAUAGAAUAUCCGAAAAAAAAAUCAAGUGAUCAUGUUUCGCGAAGUUUCAUUCACGUAGACUUUUCUCUAAUGCUAAAUAAUCUUUACUUUUAAUCUUCUUCAUCACAAAAGUACUAUAUAUUACUAAAUCAAUAUGUUGCGAGAAUUUGGUUGAAUCCGUUCAUAUUUGGAUUAUGCAAAUUCCAUGUAAUGUAUAUAUAUAUAUAUAUAUAUAUAUACAUUUGACCCCAAAAAAUACAUUAUGUUGGUUUUCAAAUUGUUUUUUAUAAUAACCAAAUUGUAGGUCUUAAGCCAAUAAUAUUUAAUCUUCAAAAAAGUAUGAUUUAGAAAUGCAUUAUGUAUCAAAAGCUAGAGGUUCUUCUCAACAAAAAAAUGUAUCAAAAGAGGUUUGAGUUUGGGAUACAAAAGAAUCAAACAUUUUACAUUAUCAUUAGGCCAUGUUGGGUUUUACGUAGUCUAUUCGAUUGUAGAGGAAACGUAAACAUGUGUGAACUAUGCGAAUGAGAUAAUUUAGCAAUGAAGAAAUCGAGAAAGAGUCAAGGUCGAAAGUCUUCUUUCACAACUAAAAAAAAAUUACUAAAAGAAAAUGCAAAAGUCUACAUUGACUGGGGGCUCCCACAUGUCGAGUAAGGCUUACGAUGAUAUUUCGUAUCUUGACUCAGAGAUGAUGAAUAUUAGUCUUAAGAAAAUUUGUAAAAUUACCCUAAAAAACAAUUUCCCCUUUUCUGAAAAUUACACCAUUUAAACUUGUUAAAAAAGCUCUCAUGACCGGCUAUCUUUAUUAAUGAUUAAUAAUAACUUUAAACACACGUAUAUUAACUUUUCAGAAAAAAAAACUUUUCAACGUAUAAAACUAUAUGAAAUUCCUUUUCAUAACUAUUUGUAUAACACAUUAAAAUAUAUGAAUGCACUUGAUCUGUAGCAGCUCAGGCACCUAUUGAUUUUGCACCUUCUAACAUCUCGGGCUGAUAAUUCUCCUCACGCUUUGUCAUUCAAUUUGUGCUCUCUAUAAAUCUCAAACUAAGCACAACUUUGUGAUAAAGAUCAACUCUUGAAAUGAUGAGUCCUGCGUAACUUGUGGUGUAAACUCUUGGAGAAACAUGUUACCAUCUUAUAAUUUCGGUGGCAUUUUUAUUAAUAACCACGACACUCUCAACUUGAACUACUCAUGUUUGUCUUACCUUGCAAGUAGUGGAGAGUGAAUGUUUAACUCUUUUUUUUUUAUCCAUUAGAAUUUAUUUACCAACAAGGGAGGAUACAAAGUGAGAUGCUUCUGAUUGCUUCUGAAGAAUACAUAACCAGCAAGAAGCAAGUGAGAUGCUUCUGAUUGCUUCUGAUUGCCGCUAAGUUUUUUUUCAAAAAACCAAGAGAGAGAGAGAAAAUAUUCUCUCUAGAGUCUCUCCCUUCCCAAAUCGUUUUAACCUAGCGCCGCCAACAUCACAAUCCUGUUAUAGUGCAGAAGAUCGACGGCAAGUUUGCUGUUCCGUUCUUCUUCGCCACCCCUCCUUCUUUUUCUUUCUUCCUUUUGCCUCUGUCCUCCAUCCUUCUCCUCUCCAUCUAUACCGACAUGCUUUUCUCCUCUGGUUUCUCUGGUUCACCGGUGAUUUGCGACGGCAAUGACGGGCGUCCGUCAAGCCGCUGGAGGAGAAGCGAGGUGUAGCAAGCUGAAGCGAUUGGUGGUGCCAGUCGGAGAUCUCUCGCAACAAAGUGUCCUUUCUUAGAUCUGGGUCAGAUCUAGGGGCGUACGGUUCGUCUGGAAUGGAGAGCGUCGCUGCCUCGCCUGGAGCCUUCCUUACCGUUCUCCAGACCCUUUGUCGUUGGUUUGCUAUCCACUGGUUUGUGUGGGUUCCUCUUUUCUGUCUCCUGCAGGUACACGAUGUAGAGGCCAUCGUGGAGGUUUACUCUGUUGCUAGAUUUGUCUCUUUGCACAGCAGUGCAUUUAGUGCUUUUGGUUCCGGUGAGCUCCUCCUCUUCGCAGAUCGGCAAGGGAUCUUGGGCUGUCUGGAGUCUCUCACCUUCGUCGUAGCUCUCGCCUGUUUUGAGAGCUCUGCCUCUCCUUGUCCUCAAAUCAUUUGAUUGUUUAUGGCUGCCCAAAGAUGUUAGCUGGCUUUCUUUGAGUCUCGUCGAGCCUUCCGACUUGGUAUGUGGCCGGUUUCUGUCCCUACCGCCUGCUUCCACACCGUGAAGGUCAUGAGUCUUGUAAGGCUUGCUGUUGUUGAUAGUCCUGGAGUUGGUAGCGUUGUAUGUGCUGAUGCAGAGCUUGGUCACCUCUUCCGGCUAAUGCGAUUGCAGCCUCCCUGCCCAAGGGGAACUCUGAUUAUCAGACUUCUUUGAUGCCUAUUGAUUCCUUUUGCAGGUUCCAGCUUAAGGUGGGCUCAGUCAUUUUCUCUUCAAGUGUCUAGUGCAAAGUAACACAUCUUUAAUUUUAGCAUUAAUCUAGUUCACUAGAUUAAUCCUAUUAAGUUCUACAAGCUUUUUUAACUUUUUUUGCAGCUUGUACAACCAAAUUAGCUUCUUGAAGCUCUUUGUAUUGCAAGUCUCACCACUUGUAAUCACUUUCAUUACUAGUUAAUGAUAUUAACAUUCUUAGCAAAAAA